AUGAAUGACAAACUCACGAAAAUCCGAGCCUUCAUCGACAACUCCAACACCAUCGGGCCUUUGCCCCCGAACAGGUCCAGGGAAGUCUUCGGCGUCCCGGGAAAGCACCACUCUUCCUCGCCAAGCUUCACCGCCGCUUCCGGGUUCCUGGCGUCGUGUCUAUGCUAUGGACGCUAUGGCGCGUCCCACCCAGGUGGUAUCAAACCUACGGUCUACUGCAUUGGGACUUUUGGUUUGAUGAUGCUGAGCCUCCUGGAGACGAUCGUGGUGAUGAAUCUGAGGGGGAGAGACUCUGCAUCCCAAAACAACGAGGCAGAUAAAGACCAAAGCCUGAGUGAGGACUGUGGGGACAAACGAGACAGCUUUCAGAACAUUUUAAAAGACAUUAAUAAAUUGAUUCCCUGUGGAUAUAUCUGUGACAUGUCUAAUGGUGAAAUUCCAUCUGAAGAGCUGCGGGUGGCCGAAAAGGGUAGCAACAACCAACAGAUGGAGGAGUCCCGUGACUUUGAAAAGCUCUCAGGUGAGCUGAGGGAGCUGGUGAAAACACUGACUCUGCUCCUCAACAGCAGUAAGGAAGAAGAGAAACCCAGCUACUGGACCAAAAAGACUAAAACUAUCAACAAAAUAAUGUGUCUUGUUGUUUUCGCUGUAGAUGUGGAGUCCUCUGAGCGUAACUGCAGUUAUCAGGAUGUUUUAGACCACUUGAACUUCACCAGAAACAAAGAGCUGUUCUCAAUGAUCCGGCCUGUUAAAAACUACAAACAACCCGUGGAGGUAUCUCUGGAUGUACUACUCUAUGCCAUUCUGGGUGUGAGAGAAAAGGACCAGCAAUUCGUUCCUUACAUUUGGCUUGAUAUGUGGUGGCAGAAUGAGUUACUUUCUUGGAAUCCAGAUGAAUUCUGUGGUAUUAAGCAAUUUUCUCUUCCUACUGAAGUAUUGUGGAAACCAGAUAUAACGAUUGAAGAGAUGACAGAGAAGGAUGAGGCCCCUCCAAGUCCUUAUCUCAUUGUUAAAAGCGACGGUUUAAUCAAAGUUACGAACGACCAGGUGCUGGUGAGCUCCUGCAGGAUGAGAGUUCACAAAUUCCCCUUCGACAUCCAGAGCUGCAACAUCUCUUUCAAGUCUGUCGUACACUCUGUCAAUGAAAUACAGCUUGUUCGGUAUCUGAACUCUUCAAAGAUCACAGAGUGGUCUUGCAAGGUGAUGCGGACCCAGUAUGAGUGGCUGUUCGUCAACAUGACUCUCUCCAACGAGACUGUCGACCUUUUUGGCUUCACCCAAAGCAGGAUCGUUUGCACUAUCUUCAUGAAGAGGAGGUCUGCCCUCUACAUUAUCAACCUCAUGCUGCCCGUCCUGUUCUUCUUGUGUCUGGACUUAUCCUCCUUCCUGAUCUCAGACAGCGGGGGCGAGAAGCUCAGCUUCAAAGUCACUGUGCUGCUUGCCAUCACCGUGUUGCAACUUAUUCUGAAUGAAAUUCUUCCAACCUCAUCAAACAGAGUUCCACUUAUAGGUAAAUAA